GUUGAGAGAUGCAGUCUGCACGAACAUUUGAGGAAAUGCUCGCUUAUCUCUUCCGCUUUCCUUAGCAUUGUCCUAUACGAUUCUGAACUAUCAUUAAGGCACAGAGGCGUCGAGUUGUGCCGUCGCGCCAUCUCCUUGAACAGCAGAGCCUAUCAUCCGCUUCUCGGCCACUUUUGAUCAACUUUACUGAUGUCAGCCGGAAGCGGUCAUCAUAGCUUGUUGGGUGGAACGCCUCACCAGGUUCCAGGUCCCAAGACGCAGGGAGCUGCAACCGGAGGCCAGCAACUUUCAGCGACUGCAAAUCAGUUUGUGGACAAAAUCGAUCCAUUUAGCAAAAGAGGAACAAGCAGAAGGAGAAGAAUUGUCAAUAGCAGUCGCUAUCAUGCUGAAAACGAACCUGAAUUAGUCCAGCUUCCACUAAUCAAAGAUACUCCUGCAAAUGAGCAGCCUGCACUUGUCUUACAAAAGCUUGUCCAAUGUCAAAAGAUUUUUGACUUUUAUGACCCCGUUGCGCAACUAAAAAGCAAGGAGAUCAAAAGAGCUGCUCUCAAUGAACUGAUUGAUCAUAUCACAACUACCAAAGGAGCUAUCGUCGAGUCAAUCUAUCCAGAGGUGAUAAAAAUGGUUUCGAAGAACAUUUUUCGCGUGCUGCCUCCAUCGGACAACUCUGAAUUUGAUCCUGAAGAGGACGAGCCCACUCUUGAAGUUUCUUGGCCACAUUUGCAGCUUGUCUACGAAUUGUUUCUGCGAUUUUUGGAGUCUCCAGAUUUCCAAGCUUCUAUCGGAAAAAAGUACAUCGAUCAACGCUUCGUGUUGAACUUACUUGAUUUAUUCGACUCUGAAGAUCCGCGAGAACGCGAUUUUCUGAAAACAGUCCUGCAUCGCAUCUAUGGCAAGUUCCUGGGACUUCGCGCAUUCAUCCGCAAGCAAAUCAAUAACAUGUUUCUCUCCUUUGUAUACGAGACAGAUUCUUUCAAUGGAGUGGGAGAAUUACUUGAAAUUCUUGGGAGCAUUAUCAACGGCUUCGCUCUACCUUUGAAGCAGGAGCACAAAGUUUUCCUUGUAAAAGUCCUUCUUCCAUUGCACAAACCUAAAUGUCUGUCGCUCUAUCACGCACAGCUUGCAUACUGUGUAGUGCAGUUCAUAGAGAAGGACUCAACUCUUACUCCUCAAGUGUUUGAUGCACUUUUGAAGUUCUGGCCAAGGACAUGUAGCAGCAAGGAAGUGAUGUUCCUGGGAGAGGUGGAAGAGAUUUUGGAUAUCAUAGAGCCAGAACAAUUCAAGAAGAUCAUCGAUCCAUUGUUUCGACAACUCGCAAAAUGCGUGAGCAGUCCUCAUUUCCAGGUGGCUGAGAGAGCUUUGUACUUCUGGAACAAUGAGUAUAUACUUUCACUAAUCGAAGAUACCAGUGCUCAGGUCAUGCCGAUCAUGUUCCCUGCUUUGUACCGGAUUUCCAAAGAACAUUGGAACCAAACGAUUGUGGCGCUUGUCUACAAUGUCCUCAAAACCUUCAUGGAAAUGAAUGGAAAACUCUUCGAUGAACUUACUAGCACUUACAAGAUGGAGCGUCAAAAAGAACGCAAACGAGAGAAGGACAGAGAGGAUCUGUGGAAGAGAUUAGAACAAUUAGAACUGAAUCCACCUGAUGCCAACAAUCCUCCUCGCAUAUUUCCGAACACUCCGUUGACGCAGUUUAUACAGCCAAGGCCGAGCGCCAGUACCACCGCUGCAAAAGAAGGAGAGAAAUCUCCAGCAAGUGGAAAGAAAAUUGAAGCUGGAACGGUUCGAGUUGCUGUUUAAUGGCUGUUUUGUGAUUACUUGGCUCAUACGUUCAGAUUUUCGCCACCGUCUUACAUUGUCACCUAUUAUUCUCAUAUAGGCCGUUCGUUAUAGAGCAAGUCCGCUUGUAAUCAGUUGUAUUCGUUGUCGCUGUGUUCUUUAGAGUUUCGGAUCAAAGAUAUCGUCACGCCUCGGCGUUUCACCCAUUUUUAUUAUGCUGACACUCACUUCUGGUAGUUUUCGUCAUUUCAAUUCUCGUACGGACGCUUUGCGCUUCUUUUUUUUUACAUAAUUUAUGACCUAUAUGUUUUUCAGUAUGUGUCGUGCUAUUUUACAUUUUUUCCUGUGCUCGAGAUACCCGCUAAGCCGGCAUGAGUGUUUCAUCAUCCCAAUCACAUAAUUUGUUUGAAAAAGCGUUCUAGCAUUCAUCUUUUCUCACCGCAUGCAAUUCGAUCGUUCAUGCCGCCAUCUUUCGUUCGUUUACUAGGAAACUCGUCUAACUGCUGCAUUGCUCGCGGCCACAUUUGUUCUCAAGCUGUUUCGAAGCGUGACCGUCAGGCUAUCUAGGCCCUCAUCUUCCAUAAAUGUGGAAAAAUCUGUAUGCUGCACAGUUUCUUUCCGAAGAGAGCUCUAGGUAGUUGCUGAAACGCGAUAUAGUAUAUAUUUAUUUGCAAUGUAAUUAAUGUGCAUAAAUCUUGUCUA